AAAGAAGCAAAUGUCCAUACUCAAUUCACGGCCUCAGUAUUUCUAAAAUCCCGCUCAUGUUGUGAUUGUUAUAAAAUCGACUCAACGCACGCUGUUGGUUGUAUUCGCGCCUCGUGUAACAUCUAGGAUUAGUCGGCGCUCAUUAAAGGUCCAGGGGCCGGGGGUGAGAGUGACGUCAGCGCUCGGCGCACACGUCCACGCUGUCGCUUUAAUUCGAGCCCAGUCCGGGGGGCAGGCUCGCGUUUUUCCCCUCUCGGAGUCGGAGCGUUUGCGCCAACCGCGGCGGCAGCGCGUUGAAUGAGGCGUCCGCGGGCUGCUGUCCACGCGGAGCCCGCUCGAGGUGGCACGGACGCACGGGCGCGAGGCACCGCGUUCACCCCCGCGGCUCGCGAGAUGGCGGACCCGCGUCCCGCCGCGUUCCUCCAGUAGAGGAGAGCCGCGCGGCCUCGAGGAGCCGAUCCCCGCCCGCACUGGCGGCGUCUCCGCGCGGAGGAUAAAGAAGUUGGCGGCGGCGGCGGCGGCGGGGGGAAGGAGACGGUCAAGAUGGCAGCCGCGCGCGGAGGGACGAGGCUGAUGUGCUGGCAUUAGAUGGAGGCGGCUUCGUCGGCGUGCACGUCGCGCGGUCGAUGCGCAGGACGCGGGCGCUCGUGAAGGAACGUCUGUAGGAUUCCUCCGAGUCUCCGCGCUGACCCCCCCCCCCCCAGCCCCUCCUCCUCCUCCACCACCACCACCUUCGUCGUUUACUCUACAUUUCGCAAAAAUUGCACUACAUGCCGUCCGGGGUGUGGGCUGUGCCCGGGUUGAGGCUGCGCGCCGCGGACAGACGCCUCUCCGUCCGGAGGACACACGGACACGUGCGGGGCUGCGAGGCUGGACGUUUGCGUAGCGCGCAUAGUAAAUAAAGCGUCCCCGAAGGCUGCGCACGUUGAUGGAAUGCGACCCGAGUGAUUUUCCAACCCUUUGUGCUGAGAUACUGCGGUCAACAUGGCCGAGGCGCUGCGCCCCGACAACCAGCCCCCUCCCAACGUGGAGAUCGACCCGGACUUCGAGCCCCAGAAGCGGCCGCGGUCGUGCACUUGGCCUCUGCCCCGGCCGGAGUCUGGCGCGGGCAAAACCGGGACGAGCGACGCUGACGUAAUCCCCGAGGAGGAGGACGACGAGGGGGGCAGCGCGGAGGGCGGCGCGGCCCGGGCGGACGCGGGCGAGCCGCGGCCGCCGAGCGGCGGCGGCGGCGGCGGCUCCGUCUCGCAGCCCGUGGAGGUGCGGCGCGGCCCCCGCGCGGAGGACGCCGCGGACGGCUCGCCCGCGUCCGCGCAGACCCCCGCCGCGGCGCUGGGCGGCUCUGCCUCCCAGCAGCUGAGGAAGUCGUCCGCCCGCAGGAACGCCUGGGGCAACUACUCGUACGCGGACCUCAUCACGCAAGCCAUCGACAGCUCCCCGGAGAAAAGGCUGACCUUGUCCCAGAUCUACGACUGGAUGGUGAGGUCCGUGCCGUACUUCAAGGACAAAGGCGACAGCAACAGCUCUGCGGGCUGGAAGAAUUCCAUCCGACACAAUCUGUCCCUCCACAGUCGAUUCGUCAAAGUCCAGAAUGAAGGGACGGGCAAGAGCUCCUGGUGGAUGGUCAACCCCGAAGGCGGCAAAGGAGGCAAAGCUCCCAGGCGACGGGCCGUGUCCAUGGACAACAGCAAGUACAUCAAAGGGGCCCGAGGACGCGCCACCAAGAAGAAGGCGUCGCUGCAGGCCGCCCAGGACGGCAGCUCCGAGAGCUCCUCCAGCCUCUCCAAGUGGACGGGCAGCCCCACCUCCCGCAGCAGCGACGAGCUGGACGCCUGGACCGACUUCCGCUCCCGCACCAACUCCAACGCCAGCACCCUCAGCGGGCGCCUGUCCCCGAUCCUGGCCAACCUGGAGCUGGACGAGGUGCCCGACGAUGACUCCCCCCUGUCCCCGAUGCUGUACUCCAGCCCCAGCAGCAUGUCCCCGUCCACGGGGCCCACGGGGCUCUCCGACCUGGCCGGCACCAUGAACCUCAACGACGGGCUGUCCGACAACCUGAUGGACGACCUCUUGGACAAUAUCAGCCUGACGGCGUCCCAGCAGCCUCCUCCUGGAGAGGAGGACGGCGACGCCGGCAGUCAGGGCAGCUCCGUGUUUACCUUCAGCUGCUCGGGGGGCAGUCUGUGCAGCCCGUCGGGCAGCUACGGGCCGAACCCCCUCUUCAGCCCCCCGUCCAUGACGAGCCUGCGGCAGUCUCCCAUGCAGACCAUCCAGGAGAACAAGCAGACCACCUUCUCCUGCGCCUCGCACUUCGUCGAGCACCAGACGCUGCAGGACCUGCUCAGCCUGGACUCCCACGGCCACAGCAACGUCCUGCUCACCCAGUCGGACCCGCUGAUGUCGCAGGCCAGCGCCGCCCUCGCCCUGCAGAACUCCCGCCGGAACGCCCUGCUGCUGCGCAAAGACCACGCGUCGGCCGCCGGCCCGGCCCAAGGCGCCCCGGUGCCUGGUUGGCAAGCAGGCUCGUCAACCCCCGGCAACGGCGCCGCCCCGGCCGACGCCAAGCACCCGCAUCUGAAGUCUCCCAGCAAGACCGCCUCUAUGCAGCUAGGCCCGGGUUUGUCCGGCCAGGACCGCUUCCAGGAUCUGGACCUUGACGUGUUCAACGGCAGCCUGGAGUGCGAUAUGGACUCGAUCAUACGCAACGAACUGAUGGACGCAGAUUGCCUGGACCUGAGCUUCGACUCGCGCCUCACGGCGGCUCAGAGCGCCAACAGGAAUUCAGGAAGCUUCUCCAGCUCCAAACAGACCUCACCGCAGAGCUGGAUCCCGAGCUGAGACGCGAGGUCCGAGCUCGGUUUGAGGAGGAAGCGAGGAGAGGAGUGUAAAUUGGGUGUCAUUGUCCUGCAUUGUGCAACUAGAGGGGAAAAAGUGCAUUCAUGUAGUUUUUCGUUAUCUUUAACAUGAGGCAUUAAGCUCUUACACGUUUGAGACUUUGGACCACAGAGGAACCGUUCUGUGGGACCUGUCUGGUCCGACCGCGCCGAACUUGCGGGGCGUUUAGCUCAACCUACAUGAAAAGCAUCAAGUCGUGUUAGUCUCAGGGAAUCACUCAUAUCACAAAGCAACACACGGAACAGAGACGAAGCCUGUCCUCGUUUUUGCCAAACCAGCUGUCAGCCUGUCGGUGGGUGACGGCCUGUUUACAGAAAAACGCUGCAGAGAAUGUCACAUUAUUCAGUUCCAGUGGAGGAUAGUGUUCCUCCCUCAUUAAUGAAUUGAAUCAUGCACCAAAUAUCUGUAGAGGUCAAUAUGUUAUCAAGAUGUGAACUGGUCUGCAUUGUGUGGUUUCGUACGUAAUGUUUUAUUUUAAUUUCGCAACUCGACCCUGUGAUUUUAGUGACAUUACUGUGAAUCCUGUCCCUUCUGAAGUGGUUAAGUCUCGAUAGUAAGAUACGGAGUUUGUGUUACGGAUCCUUUUCCACCUUCUUCCCCCUUGAUCACCGUCUCCUCUUCCACAUUCUGCAAUACUGGAAGUACUGCCGAGUAUAGAUUUUAGAAGACAUCUUAGUGCUAGCUGACUCCAUUUAGGUCCAUCUACUGCUCUCGGCCCGUUUUGCUACGUCAGUCUUAUUUUAAGGAGUUCCUGGUGCUACUCGUGAGAUAACGAGGAGACGCGGCCGAUGGGGCUUCAUUGGCCGCCUCCCCUUCGUUAUCAGCACUUCAGCAGGUGCUGGGGGGUAGUAGGUGUCGACCAUUUUUGCCAUCUGAGACAGACUCGACCAGUGUUUUAAUAAUUGCCAAAAGACUUCUGGGUUCGAAUGGAGAGGAAAGACGAGGAAGCCGUUUCUAAAAGGGCAAACGAUCUCGGCAUCAGCACAGUUUUUGUAGGAACAACAGGAUGUUUAUGUUGACAUGUCCUGACAGAUGGAGCAUACGCUUGGUUUCCUGCCUUUCUUAUUCCUGCCAUGUGAGCUCUCACAGGUCCAGCACCUAGUGACGUACGGAUCUGGUGGAAAUCCAAUCGCCAACGUUUUAGGAAUCUAAAUGGCAUAAAAUUAGCAAAAAAAUGUAACUGAUUAAUUUAACAUUUCAGUUCUGCAUGACUGUGCUUCCAACUGUUUAUUUGGUAGCUUCACAUGAACAAUUUCAUCCAAAGAUGCACAAUAUUGACUUGUUGUGUUUUUCUACAAUAAAUGAGUGAAAGUCACUGCCAUCGCCACGCUGCACCUGUUCCUAUUGCUCCUACAAAGAAAGAGAGACCAGGUGGAUGUCGCCAGUUGUAAUUCCACUUCCUGCCUCCGUUGUAUCAGAGAUGGUGCAUGUAAAUAAAGCUUCAAGAACCACUCAGA